AUGGCGUUUCUGUCAUCCAACAUUUUCCACCCAAAACUCACCAUCCUCUUCCUCCUUAUCCAUCUACAUGUAGCUUUUCCCGACGGCAGCACUCACCUUCACUUCUACAUGCACGACGUACUCACCGGUCCAAACACGACCGCUGUAAAAGUGGUGCCACCCGGAUCCGACCCUACUGCAUUAACUUUCGGGGGCAUCUUUGUAAUCGAUGAUCCACUAACCAAAGGGCCUGAUAUGUCAUCGGGCCUCGUGGGCCAGGCCCAAGGUACUUACAUCGUCGCGUCACAAUCCGAACCGGCAUUGUUGAUGACCAUGAAUAUUUUGUUUGUUGACGGGGAGUUUAACGGUGCCAUAGGGAGGGACGCUAUAUUAGCUCCCGUGAGGGAGUUGCCGGUUGUCGGUGGUACCGGCAAGUUUCGAAAGGCUUGCGGGUAUUUGCUUAUAAAGACUUACACAUUUAAUGUUACCUCCGGUAAUGCGGUAUUGGAGGUUGAUGUUUACGUGGAAGAUCGAAAGUGA